GUUUGUUUGAACAUGUUUAUUUCAACAAAACACUAUCUACACUUCUAAUCGCAAAUGUUUAUCACUACUUAUCGCUAGAUAAAAUAUAAUACUUCUAGAUAUUAUUUUUAUAUCAGUUUUAUUUCAGCACGUGAUUAAUCAAUCAAUAACGUGAGCUUACAAGUACCUAAAAUCGCUUGAAAUUGUAUGUGAUAUUAUAAGUCGUCGCAGUUACUAAGUUCUUAUUCGAAUAAUCCAAAAUGUGUUCUAAAGACCCGAGCUCAUUCUGUAGAAUUGAUCAAGAAAAAACUGAACAUAUACAUUUUAAUUGGCGUGUGGACUUCUGCCAAAAAGUGAUAGAUGGUUGGGCCUCAUAUAAGUUUUCAAUAACUUCGAAAAAUGAUGGCAAAAUAGUGUUAGAUGUAAGCAAGUUGAAUAUUGCAUCUGUCACCUGUGAUAUUCAAUCAGAGUCAAAAGAAUUAGAUUUUACUGAGACUGAUUUGAGAGAGGGCAUUGGUUCAAAGCUAACAAUUACGUUGCCACCUGAAGCAAAAUCAGAAGAAACAAUAGCGAUCAAAAUUUGCUAUUCAACAUCACCUGAUGCUAGCGGUUUACAAUGGUUGCAACCACAACAAACAUCUGGAAAAGUUCACCCGUAUAUGUUUAGCCAGUUUCAGGCUAUUCAUGCGAGAUCUGUGUUUCCGUGCCAAGAUUCACCUUCUAUAAAGUGUACAUAUUCAGCUAAGGUAAUGUGUCCUAAUGAGCUAAAAGUGCUGAUGAGCGCGAUUUGCGUAGAUUGUGAGAGUAAGGAAGGAAUGUUUACUUUUAAUCAAAAAAUUCCUGUGCCGUCAUAUUUAAUUUGCAUAGCAGUUGGCGCUGUUGUGUCCAAGGAUUUAGCACCAAAAUUGAGAGUGUGGAGUGAAAAAGAACAAAUAGAGGCAUGUGCUUACGAAUUUGCGGAAACACCUCAGAUUUUAGCGGCAGCGGAAGAAAUUUGUGGACCUUAUGUCUGGGGCCGUUAUGAUUUACUUGUUUUACCUCCUUCAUUCCCUUAUGGUGGAAUGGAAAAUCCAUGCUUGACAUUUGUAACACCUACUCUAUUGGCUGGCGACAGAUCGCUAGUGAGUGUUGUUGCUCAUGAAAUAGCACAUAGCUGGACUGGAAAUUUAGUCACAAAUUGCAGUUUUGAACAUUUCUGGCUAAAUGAAGGUUUCACUGUAUUUGUAGAAUACAAAAUUCAGGGAAAAUUGCAUGGUGAAGAUGUUAGAGACUUUCAUUCGCUUUGCGGACUCACAACAUUGAAAGAAGAGGUUCAACUAUUAGGUGAAACCAAUCAACUGACUGCUCUCGUUGUUAACUUACAAAAUUUAAGUCCUGACGAUGCAUUUUCUUCUAUACCUUACAUGAAAGGCUCUUUGUUUCUAAGAUAUCUUGAACAGUUACUUGGUGGUCCAUGUGUUUUUGGAUGUUUUUUGAAAAGUUAUUUAGCUCAUUUUGAGUUUAAGUCUAUUGAAACAAAUGAUUUUAAGCAAUAUUUGCUAGAUUAUUUUAAGGAUAAUCCUAAAAUUAAUGAAAUCGAUUGGAACACGUGGCUAUAUUCUCCAGGAAUGCCUCCAGCAAUUCCAAAGUAUGAUAGAUCUUUACUCAACGUGUGCAAGGAACUUGUUGAUUUUUGGCUUAACACUUCUGCUCCUGUUUGUAAUCCUCCGGACCACCUGAAAAAAAUAUCAUCUCAACAACUAAUUCAAUUUUUAUCAUUAUUAAUCGAAAAAUGCCCAUUGGCAAUUGAAAGACUGAAAAGAUUAGACACAAUUUAUAAAUUAAAUAUUAGUAAGAAUUCUGAAGUUUGUUUCAGAUGGUUACGAUUAUGCAUGUUAUCUAAAUGGGAAGAUAAGAUUAAUGAUGCUUUGGAAUUUGUCACAAGCGUAGGAAGAAUGAAGUAUGUUCGACCUUUGUAUCGAGACAUGUAUGCUUGGGAAACGUCACGAGAACGUGCUAUUGCUAACUUCAAAAAACAUAGAGACAGUAUGAUGUAUGUUACUGCCUACACCGUCUCUAAAGAUUUGAAUCUUGACUAAUUUUUCUUUGAAAAAUCAAUUAUUUAAGAAGUCAUUUGUUAUUACUGUUUUGAAUUGAAAUAGUAUUGCUUUUUUAAUUUUAAUAAUUUUACUUGUGGUUUUAGUGGAUUUACUGAAUUGUUACAAAAUGAAUUAAUACUGCAUGUUAUUGAAUAAAAGUAUUUUAUAUACUAUAACUAAAACUGAAUUGUUGGCAUAUGUAUUUUUAAAUUUGAAUAAAA